GUUAGCUAUCAACACAAGCAGCAGCAGCUAAUGUUCUCUCAGUAGCAGGAGUAUGGGGAACAGUAGUAAUGGUUAGUAGCAAAGGUAGACUUUGACAGGAAUGACAAUGGUUAUUAGAAUAACACUAGUACACCUGAUCAGACGCAGAGUACUCAAUGUAUCCGCUCCUCGCUACAAUCCAUGCGUCCUGCAAUUAUCUACAUCCGUUUCAAUGCGCAUGCGCACCCGGCGGUUCGCGGUUGCGCCAACUGGUCGAGGAUGUUGCUAGCAGCCACUGUAGAUGCACAGCCUUUUUCACAACAAUAACAUCAACCAAAUUUGCAUCUCCACAUACCUGAUUUAAGGAUUAUACAUCCCGAACGCUAUCGGAACCCGUACAUUGGACCGUGUCCCGCCGGAUCUCCUCCUUUUCUUUUUGGCUACAUGUUGUGUUGACAAUGGGAGCGGAGCGGUUUGCACAUUUACAAGGCUCCUUUUUGCAGGAGCAGAAACAAGAAUCAUGGCUGGCCAGCUAGGCCGCAGAGGGAUUUUCUAGCUAACAGCAACAAUCUGUUGAUAUGAAAUUUUGUAUGUAUGCUUUGCAUAGCUCAUAAAAGGUGGUGCUUAGAAGCCAGUGUUGCUUUUACGCGAUUAUCGUUGAUUUUUGUUGUCUUAUUUGGGCCCACAACAAGCUGGUGAGACCGCUAGCUUCACAACCUUGACUAGUAACAUCUAGUUAGCUCCUUUAGCCAGCUAACGACAGCUAGCAUCGCUUGGCUAGCCAUCCGCUGGUCAAAACCGAUCGGGAAAAUACAUUUAGUGCUGGAUUAACUCUCAUCACUGUGUGCUCGGGAAGUAUUUGUAUCGCAAAUUCCUUUUGCAACGCCUGCACCUGGAUGAAUGUGGGACAAAAUGGAGACCCCGACGAUUGUGUACGAUCUGGAUACCUCUGGGGGCUUAAUGGAGCAAAUCCAAACACUGCUCGCGCCCCCGAAGUCGGAGGAGGUGGAGAAGAGGAGUCGGAAGUUGGUUCGAGACGUCCGGAGGAGCGGCAGGGCCACCAACCACGACACCUGCGACAGCUGCCGGGAGGGAGGCGACCUGCUCUGCUGCGACCACUGUCCUGCAGCCUUCCACCUCCAGUGUUGCAACCCGCCUCUAAGUGAAGAAAUGCUUCCCCCAGGGGAAUGGAUGUGUCACCGCUGCAAUGUUCGAAAAAAGAAGGGCAGUGGUGUAGUGGUAGUUGAUGAGGGGAGUGAACUACUACAUAGAUGGAAGCGAGAGCAGAAGUCAGAACAGACCAACGGUCUACCAGAGAAGUCCUCAUCCAAGCUCUCUGUGUCCCCGGCUGGGGAGUUGGAGCUCAAUGCCGGCCCUCUGCGACUCGACGGCCUUCCUCCCGGGGCAGGAGCAGCCGGGCCCGGUCUACGAGUGGCCCAGGUACGCCUCUUGGACCGCAGGACCAGCAGCAGCCGGCCUGGAACUCCCACCUCCAACACAUCAUCAACUCCGACCCCAUCAGAGGAGCAGAACGACGGGGACGAGGAGGCAGCAGAGCCCGAGGAUGAGGCUCAGGGCUCAGAGCUUGAGGGUACUAUGCUAUCUGCUCCACCUCCUCGCCUCCUCAAGAGGCCCUUUCAGUUGCUGAUAGCAGCCGCCAUGGAGAGAAACCCUACACAGUUCCAGCUGCCCAGUGAGCUCACCUGCACCACUGCACUACCAGGCAGCAGUAAAAGGAGGAGAAAAGAGGAGCUUCUCGGGAAGCCAUUCAGAAGGCCACAGCAUGAACUGGAUCCCAAUGGUCUCGUACCUUUACCAGUCAAAGUCUGUUUUUCAUGCAACAGGAGUUGCAGGUUGGCCCCACUGAUCCAGUGUGACUAUUGUCCCCUUCUGUUCCACAUGGACUGUCUGGAUCCUCCACUCACGGCUUUACCUGCUGGCAAAUGGAUGUGUCCAAACCAUGUUGAGCACCUAGUGUUGAAUAAGAGGAGCCUGAGCCUAUCGAGUCGCUGUCAGCUCUUCGACCAUUUCCAGGACAGGAUGUCUCAGCACGCUGUCAAGUUGGACUUCCUGCGUAGAGUCCAUCGGCAGAAUGCCCCCAACCGACGCACAGCCCACCAGCUCAAUAAGAAGACCAUCAAGGUACCAGAUGCCAUCAAGUCCCAGUACCAGAAUCCUCCCCUGAUGCUUCUUCCUGCAGGGGUGCGCCAGUUGGAGCUGGUUUGUAGCGGUGUGCCUGACCAUCAAACCUCAAAGCACCUCACCACAGAGGCUGAGCAGCAGGAGUGGCUGCAGGACGUCAUCUCCCUCCAGUGCAGCAUCAUGAGACAUUUAUCCAUCAAGCAGAAGUCUUCAUCCACCCUGUCAUCAGUAACAUCGGCAGGAGAGUGGAUUUCUGAGCAGAAAUCCAGUAAUAAGUCAUGUGUGACAUCAGGUGACAUAAAACCUCAGGCUUCUUUAGGAAGGACUUCUUCUCCUGGCCCAUGCUCCAAACCCUGCAGUAAACCUGAUGACCUCCAGGGGGCCUCACCUUCUAGGGACACUGUUGCAGAGCCGGGUGUUUGUAAAUGCAACACGUCACUUUGUCAGAACUGUAGGAAACCAAACGGACCUUUAGCAGAGGAGUGUCAGCCUCCUAAAACCAACGGACCUGUAGACUGUAACAGUGCCUCAGACUUGUGCAGGCAGGCAGAGCUGCAGCACAGACUGAAGCCCAGUACAACCCCAGACUCAGCUACUGCCUCUGGGCUGGUGAACCACAUAAGAGCAGAAACGGUUAAAAAGGAGCCUGAAAGCACCACAGAGACCUGCGCUCUAAAAAAGUGCCCCACUGCCCUGACGAUAUGGCCCCACAGUGGCCAGCAGAACCACAGGAGCCAGACAGAGCUCCAGGAGGUGUGUAUGAGCAGCGAUGAAAAACCCAGCUACUCCAUCACCAGCAGCGCCCUCUCAGACACACCACCCAAAGGCAACCAGGAGCACGACCCGGCCAAGCUCGGGCCUUCAUCACCUACUCCAGACAUAAAGGCUGCUUCUGGACUGCUGGGCUCACUGCUGCCCAGCACUCUGUCCUCCAUCGCUAAUCUGUCCAGCUGCAUGAGAGAUGGAAAGGAUGAGGAAAGAGGGAUCGAGCUGGACAAACUAGAUGCAGAGAUGAUCAAGCUCCUAGCCUGGCAGAGGAUCCAGCAGCUUUUCCCCCCCAAAGUGGCCAGCACUCCGCCUCCCUUGGCCACCAGUGCUGCCCCCAAAACCCCAUCACCCUGCCCUGAUGGUCAGAAGAAGGUGCAGGCCCGAGCUGUCUUCUACCCUCUAACAGGAAAAGGAGGAGCUGUCAGCAUGUGCUACAGGACGUUAUAUAUAGGAUCAGGUGCUGACAUGGACGUGUGCCUUACAAACUAUGGUCAUUGUAACUUCAUAUCGGGGAAACAUGCCUGUAUUUUUUACGAUGAGAAUACCAAGCAUUAUGAGCUGCUCAACUACAGCGAGCACGGCACAACAGUGGACAACGUCCUGUACUCAUGUGACUUCUCUGAGAAGGCGGUGCCGUCUCCACCAAGCGGCCUGGUGGCCAAAGUCCAAGGCAUUAUACGUCGCAGUAAGAAGCGCGAGGAUGAGGAGGGCUCCAGCUCCGUGGUGGGUUUGUUGCCGGCUGGAGGAGUGAUGAGCAGCCAACCUCAGGGCAGCUCUGAGCUGUCGUGCAGCUGCAAGGCGAGCAGCUCCAGCCUGAUCGGAGGCAGCGGAGCAGGUUGGGAGGGCACGGCCUUGCUCCACCACGGCAGCUACAUCAAACUGGGCUGCCUCCAGUUUGUCUUCAGCAUCACAGAGUUCGCCAGUAAGCAGCCCAAAGAGGAGCAGUCCACCAGCCCUGCCGCCAGUUGCACUAGCACCAACAGCAAUGUGGCCGGCAGCACUACCAGCACCACCUUCACACAACCACCACCCAGCACUGCCACAGUUCCAGUGAGCAGCCCCUCCAGCCAGGAUGAGACCGACACUGAGACUGCCCCCCCCCACCAAGUGCCCGUACUGCGCUCCAACUCUGUUCCAUAGUCUGCACAGGAAGUCCCACUCUAUUCUUUUGUUUUGCACCUUCCAAGUCACAAUGAAGGGAAAGCUGCACAGCUGGUUGGUCAACAGGGAAAAGUUUAUUUUUCAUUUUUAAUGGUUUAUAUAUUUGCAUGAACUUGAAGUAUUAUUGACAAUCUAUUCUGUUUGUGAAUGACUGACUAUUAACCCUCUGUUCACUUCAGACCAUUGGAACAGAGUGAAAAUGAAUUACCUACGCUCAAUUUACUUUUGCCAGUAUAUUGGUCAUGUAUGGUGUAAUAUUAUUUUGUCAGUCACUCCAUUUAGCACAAACCUUUUAUUUCAAAGUGUUAAAUUCCAUACAUUCUAUUUUCUUUUGCUGCUUUUGCACCAUAGGUAGCUAUGUAUGAACACGUACAUGCUUAUACACUUUAAUAUGUAUAUAUAUAUUGUAAAUAUGUAUAAUUCAGUGCCUCUCAAUUGGAGAAACAUUGGAUUUCAUGUAGAUUUACCAUUCUUGGUUUUUAACUGUACAGUUCAUGGAAUUUGUGAUACUGUGUAGAGUACCAGAAGUUUUGUGAUAAAACGUGUACUUAGUGUGUACUUUCCUCCGUAGUCCAUCUGUAAAUACCGUCUUGUUUUAGCACUCAUUUUAACAUCUUGUCCUGCUCUGUAUAUAAGCACUCUUUGUCUGUACCCGCUUGUCUGUUUAAACCUGUAAAUACAGAAAGAUUUUCUAAGAACAAA